GCUAACCUAAUCUCGGAUUAGGGUUGGAAGUUAGGGUUAAGUGGGGCAGUGAGGCAGCUGAGAGAGAGAGAAGGGAGAGAGAAGGUGUUCUUUUUGAGAGUGUGAGGAAGGGCAAGAGGAGUGUUCGUCCAAACACGAGGAGAGAGCGGACCCCUCUUGAGAGAUCUGCUAACACCCCUUCCUCCGGCAUGGCAAACAUCACAUCUGCCCAAUGGCAGGCCAUGUUGGAUGCAGCAGAUGAGAACGAGAAACCGUUCUUCCAGAAGUUUUAUGAUGAUGCCGUGCAGAGGGAAAGGGAGGCAGAGGCAGCAGCCAGAGCCGCCAACAUUGUUGAUCAGGUGGCCCUCCUUCGGAUCCCGGAAGCCAAUGCUGACCGGUUCCAGGAGGGACUAGCUGCUGCCGUAGCAGCCUUGGUUCGACUGCGGACCUUGGAAGACCUUGAGUCCCGUGUGACAGCACUAGAGCAGCGAAACCAAGAGUUGCAGGUUGAGAUACUCAGCCUCAAACAGUCCCAACUGUCUGCCCCCCACCCUCCUAACCCUCGACCUGCUGCAGUCCCAGUCUCUCAAUCUAACACAGUCCUCAUGGCAAGAGCAAGUGGAACUGUGACGAGCGCAGGAACUGGUGCCAGCUCCUCGAGCGGCAUCGCCAGCAGCUCUGCACUAGUCAUAGUCCCAAAUGCAGGGGCAUCAGCCCAAAACGCCACAGUCCUUACUGACGUUCAGUACAGCGGUCCUGUAGUGGACAAGCGGGCGGCCACCUUGCCGUCCAAGUACGACGGGAAAGCGGAUAUCACCUCUUGGAUUAGUUCCAUGCGGUCAUACUUCGAGGUCAUGCGGACACCGUAAGAAGACCGAAGCAUGAUCAUGGGCACUAAUACUGAGCCCGCCUUACAGA